CAAAGGAAUAUCCGUGCACGACCGUUUACGGACCUCGGGGUGGAUGUUCCCUUGAACGAAUCCGACCUCCCCGUGUUAGCGAGAUCGAUCUUGCACCGCCAACGCGACAGUGAGCGACGCUCCCGCCCGAACCACGGUGCCCGUAUGCUCACAGUCGAGGAGAACCUUUUGCGGGCGCUGCGCAGCCCAGGCGCUGCCGCACGCUUAGACCAGCUCGCCUCGGAUGCACAAGACGUGUCCAGCGAGGCGACACGGCCCGGAGAAGGACAGGACGCGGCCCCAGAAGAUCUCCCCUCCGCUUCAGCUCCCCCAUCGCCAACGCUCGAGCGCGGACGUCACGAGGACGCCGCCGUGCACUCGUUGUCGCAGUCCUCCUUCUCGCCGCUCUCCUUCGACGUCCCUGUCUACUUUGGGGCGUGGAGAGUGAACCUCACCGACAACGCCCUGUCGGAUAUGCGCAACCUGAGACGGAGAGAACGAGGCUUGUUCGAGAAAGUCGUUGCACGAUUGAGCGCCCUCUCCAAGGGAAACUUUUCGCUUAAAAACCACGCGCCCAUCUCAAACGUGGAGUCCGGCGUGCCCAUCUACAAGGCUCGCGUGGACGGAGACAAUCGGAUCGUGUAUCAAGUCGACUGCCAAGAGGGACACGGCGAGGCAGUAAGCAUUCGUGUUUUCGGCAUAUACAACCACGCCGAACUCAAUCGCCUCGGAGAAGCGUACUGGAACUUGCUCAGUCGCACUCUUGGAAACCUGGGGGGUGUAUACCGCAACAGGUGUCGGGCCCGAAGCGAACCCCGAUCCGGGCAGGGGGAUCACACAGUCCUCCCUCUGUCGUUCCCUGCCCAAGAGCACGCCGAGGUCAACAGACGAUUCGUCCCGGACUUCGAUAUGGAUGUAGGACGCGUUGAACCUCAGAAGCCGGCUCCUUCGUUGAUGUCUUGGUUCUUUCUAGCUCUUCUCGCAGACCAAGACGUUCUACCGAUCAUGAAACCUUCGCUACCGGAAGAGGAGAUAAUCCUGCACUCGUCCUCUUGCUACGUGAUCGGGCGCGCGGGCACAGGGAAAACCCUGUGCAUCACAUACCGAAUCGUCACGAUCGACAGAUCGUGGCACCCUUCUCUGGGCAUCUCCCGUCGUCCUCGACAGCUCUUCGUGACGCGGUCGGAAAGCCUUGCCGAACAGGUGUGGAAGAACAUCAGCAGCCUGUCGGAGGUCUUCCGCAUCGGGGACCUGAGUCAGAACGAAGCGGUUGACAUGGCGGUUGACAUGGCCCCAGAGAGAUCCUCCGGUGACGGCGUCGGCGAUAUCCCUCGCGUCGUUCGCCCUCGGCGCCUUCCGCGGCGUUGGAGUGAAGUUCAAGACUCCUAUUUUCCUCUCGUUAUCACGCUCGACGAGUGUUACUCCAUGCUACAGAGAGAUAUGUUGGCGGCUGGACAGGACGUCCGAUUGACUUCUCUUGUCACGGGGCAAAGAUUCGCGAGCGUAUAUUGGAAGAGAUUCCCCAAAGAUCUCACCAGGGGCCUUGAUCCCCUCUCCGUAUUCAGCGAGAUAAUCGGCGUCAUCAAGGGCUCCGAAGGAACGCUCAAUCCCCGACGACCGUAUCUGACACGAGAAAUGUACACAGACUUCAACACUCUGAGCCCCCGAAGGUAUCCUACCUUCGCGUCGCAGCGCGAGAAGAUCUACGACCUGUUCACCAAGUACGAAUCUCGAAAGCGGAAGGAUCACGAGCUCGACGAAGCGGACAGGUACUCGUGUCUCUCGGUUAGGGUCACAAAGACGAGACUGAUCGUACUUAGAUACGUUGACGAGGCUCAAGACUGCCUCAUCAUCGACCUGUACCGUGUGAUUGUGCGCGAUGAGAACGACAUGGAGGAACUCAAAAGUCAUGGGAUAGUGGACGGUCUCGUCAUCACCGUGUAUAACAGCAAAGGACAAGAGUUUGACGAUGUCGUUCUGUAUAACUUCUGCUCCUCCAACAACUUUUCCCAGAAAGGCUGGCGGGCGGCAUGUCGAACAUGCGGCAGCCCCGAGAACGAUAUCCAGCCAUAUAUCAGCCCUCUAAUGAAAUGUCUCUAUGUCGCGAUCACGAGGGCCCGGUCCCGUCUCUGGAUUGUAGACGGGCCACUGCACUCGAUUGCGCUCUUGGUGAGUGGCUGGGACCACAUCAAAGUUCACGACCCAGCCGUCGCUUUACCAUCACUGACUCUGAACGUCUCCACCCCCGCCGACAUGUCCGACGGCUGGGCUAAACGCGGUCACCAGAUGAUGGAACAGCAGAAAUACAGCCUCGCGGAGAUGUGCUUCGAACGCGCCUCGCGCACACGCGAACGCGACCUCGCACGCACGCACCAAUUACACCAGAAAGCGUCCACGAUCAACGAGUGGCUAGACGUGGCCAACGCCUUCAGCGCGCAUGCUGGCGGCGAUGGGUUCGAAAAAUCGCCGCGUCUGUUUGUACUGGCCGCCCAGUGCUUCGAGAGAGGUGGAGACUCGAAGAAGAGCGCCGACCACUACCUCAAAGCAGGUGAUAUCGGAGAGGCGUGCAAGGGAUACUACAAGGCCGGUCUCAUCGAUGACGUGCACGAACUCAUACUUGCCUAUGGUGCUGAUGAAGUCCCCCAAGCAAUCUUCGAGGCUGUAUGUCUGCAGCUAUUCGAAAGUUACCACGACGGACGAGCCAUGAAGAUGUUCUCGUCUGCACAGGACGCUAUCGACUUUAUGCAGCGUCACAAGCUGAAUGCACCCCUGGCAACCUACUACGAAGAGCAUAAAGAGUACUCGCAAGCCGCACGUAUAUGGAAUGAGGCCCUCAAGAAUCCGUUGCGCGCAAUACAGCUGUGCUUCCGCGCCUCUGGAGACGAGAACGGCGCAGAACAUGUCCAGACGGGGACGACCAUCCUGCUUCAAUUCCUCGCGAGCUCAGUCACGCUCGGUCUCGGGCUGAAUGUCAUCGCAAGAAGCGGACGAUUAUCACAAUACUACGAUCUUGCGGAGGCAAGACUGCGACUGAAUGGUCAUGCUCCUCCGAGCGAACUCCGCGAACAGCUCUCGGUCUACUUGGCCAUCUGCAACAGGGACUACAGCAGCUUGAUCGCCCAUGGAACAUCUUUCCAUGCCUCACGUCGCCUCGGUCUCUCCCUUCUCGCCCUCGACUAUGCAUACGUUUAUCUGCUUGACAACACACCAGACGACGUCGAUCUCAGCGUCGUAGUCGACAAGCUCGAGUUCCACAACACGUUCAUGACAUACAUCGGUCUCCUCCGCGCCUUUAGCGACACCCGUCUCUGGAAGAUUCCCAUUUAUUGGAUGCGUUGUCUUUGGGACAGCCUUCAAGUGCCCUUCUUCGACCUUGGGGACCCGUCCAUGUUUGACAUCAGCAUGGCCCCUUCUUUCGCUGCUGCGCUGACAACACUGAGGGACUGGAUCGCGCAGAUACUAUUCGUGCCCGUCGACUCGUCAAGCAACGAAAAGUUUCCAAAUCGCGCUCGUCUGAAUUCCGUUCCGGUGGCGGUACAUCUCAGCUACAUUCUCGACACGAUAGCCCACGAUCACCACUCUCCGCUCGCACAUGCGGUGAAUGGGAGCAUGUCUUGGGACAGCGAGGUCUUUGAAAAUUUCCUCUAUUGCAACCAUUGGGCGGCCGAUGAAUGGAAAUACGUCCCUGGUGCGCUGUUGUACUUGAGGUUUGUACUACUUGAAACCACUCUAAUCGACUCCUCUUUCCGUGCCAUCGUCAUUGGGCGCCUCGCGGAGGGUUUGGCCUCUGCGAUCGUCAUCGCAAGCAGGUAUCACUGGAAGCCAUCGGCGCUUCAUAACCUCGAGCUUCGGCGAGACUGGAUCGUAAACCUCGCAGAGCUCUGGGAUCGCCCAUCACGGAAGGUGGAGCACGAAAAAAAGACCGUCACCAAACUCGUCGCGCUCAUACCACGACUCUUGACACGGAUACGGGGCGCAUCGGAGGUCGUCGAAGCGGAAUAUAUAACACGAAGUGUUCGACAAAUGUCAGUCUUGGUGAUGGAUCAUUUGCAACUUCUCACUUCCUCUCGCUAA